AUGAGCCAAGACGUGGACGCCCUUCUUCAGUUCUUGGCCAUCCAGAUUGAAGCCAGGGAGGAGGCCGCGCUCCAUCGACACCGACCCGUUCAUAAGGAUCCAGAAAAUGGCGACAGUGUGCCCCUUCCGUCAGCCGUGGCUCUUCCCGCUGCCACAGCUCCAGAGGAGCCUGUGCGUGACGCACAAACGAGUAGUCCCCCCGCACCGUGCGUCGUGUGCCGUGAUACCGGGCACUCAGUUGGAGCGUGUCCAGCUCCGACGGCUCCAGAAGACAAACGCCGACGUCUCCUAGCGGCCCGCCGUUGCUUUCGCUGUGCCAAGCGCUACCAUCACGCUCGCCAAUGUCGGUCGUCCGCAAGCUUGACCUGUGGAAAGUGCAAUGGGCAGCACCUUACGUCGCUUUGCGACAUUCAGCCCAGCCCACGCAGUAACGUCAGCGCCGUCGGAAUCGCGGAAGCGAUUUCGCAAGAUGUUCAGUCGAUGGCUACGUCUGCACAGGGCAUCGUGAGGUACCUGCAGACCGCUGUGGCAGAAGCCUCUGGACCGGCAGGAACACUCUGGGUCAGAGUACUAUUAGACAACGGCAGCCAACGAACCUUUGUAACAGAGGACCUGACACGAAGGUUAGGGUGCGAAGCGCAGGGUUCCGAAGAUCUGGCGAUCUUUUCCUUCGGCUUGACACGACGUUCUGCACGUCAUAUGUGCGCUAAGGUCAGCCUCUCUCUCAGCGGACUACACGAGUCCCAGGACUUGGACGCUCUCACGGUCCCAGAGAUCUGCAGGUCCCUCAGCCCUGCAGUAGGCGGCACUGUUGCAGCACUCUUGCAAGAUCAUGGCCUAGAACCCGCGCCGACUUCUUGUCCCUCUGACAACGUCGACAACGUCGACAUUCUGGUAGGCGCUGAUUAUUACUGGCGAUUUGUAUCCGGCAAAAUUGUUCGACUAAGCGACGACCUGACUGCGGUCGACACGCUCUUCGGAUGGACAGUCCAAGGGCCCGCCAACAUCUCCUCCCUUGUUGGGGUGUCAUCAGUUGUGUCGCUGCUGUGCUGCGCCGAAACAGGCGCUGUUCUAGAUCCGACCGAAAUGUGGCGGCUUGAUGCACUGGGCAUCACAGCUCCCGCCAGCAAAGACACAAGAGAAGCCGACCGCAUCCUUUUCGAGGAAGACAUCAAAUUCCAGGAAAACCGAUAUCAAGUCCAUUUAAUGAUAAAAGAGCCUGGACUCCCUCUAGAAGCCAACAACAAGAUAACAGCAGAAAGGAGAUUAAACGCGCAGCUACGACGUUUCCGCACGGCGUCCGACGUCCUUCAGCAGUACGAUCAAACUAUGCGGGAAUAUUUCACAGAGGGCCACGCGGAACCUGUCACAGGCCCGGACCCGCCGAGGAACCUGUAUUACCUACCUCACCACGCCGUAAUACGCAAGGAUGCAGUCACCACCAGGAUAAUAAUCGUAUUUGACGCUUCGUCCCAUAUUCCGGGCCAGCCUUCGCUGAAUGACGUCCUGUCGAAGGGUGCAAACAUCAAGUGA